AGACGCCUGACACCUCCCUCGUGCUCAGUCUAGCCUGCACUUGUGGCGGUCUGAGAGCCUUCGGCCAAUCAGCAAGGUGCCUCGCCGUUCCCUGGCUGAGUUAUAGGAGGAGUCGGAGGUGAGAGCACCGCCCAUUGGCCAAUCGCUGAGCUUACUGCCAGAGACGGGUGGUGCCUCUGGAGAUCAAAGGCGGGGCUGUCUCCUUGGCAACAAUCCUAACCCUAAACGGUGGGGAGGUGCUGUUCAGAGGAGCGAGCUGGGCGGGGACCAGGGUAAUGGGACUGAGCGCGCCCUUACUGGGAACUGUAGGUCAACAAGGGGGGCUUCGGCUCGAGAGCCUCUAUGAAGCCAAAAGGGAGUCCGUCUAGGUUCCGGAGGCGCGACUGGGGCUGACCUAGAAGGAAGAGGAGUUAGACACCGCCCCACUGGCGCCGGGAAGCGUCGCUCCUUCUCGCUGACCUUGGUCUCGCUUGUCGCCUCGCCCUUUCUACAUGCACUGAGAGGCACGGGGCCUGGGAGAUCUACAGCCAGGUCCCUGGAGAGAGGGAGACCCAGGACGUGGGCACACAAACUGCCCCAGACCCUCCCGCCGUUUCCAGGGCGCUGGGUCUUCCCUCUCUCCAACGCCGGGGCCAUCCAGCCCAGGGUUAAUGCCAACGAGUUUCCACCUCCAUCUACUCCUAGAGAGGCCGCGGCGCUAGCCAGUGGGGGGAACUGGCCGCGGACGGACACUUCCUGUGCUGGGGGGAGGGGGUCGGAGAGCCGCAGCCUAGUCGGGGGGCUGGGGCCACACGGCUGGGUCUCAGGCGUGGAGCGGUGGCCAGGGGUUGCGGACGAGUAGUGAAGCUCCUUAUCCCCGCGGUCCCAACGCGUGGGGUCCGUGAGGGCCGUAGGACAAGUCGAGACCUUGGGAGGGGGCGGGGUUGCGGGGAGGGGAGGGGCCCGGCGGGUCGGAGAGGCCCAGGGUCAAGACGUCCGGCCUCGGAGCCCCGGGCUGGGCAGCCGGAUCCCCUGGGCGGCGCUGAGCGGGCGAGAGGCGGGGGCCCGGGGCUCAGGGCAUUCAGGUCGGGUCGCAGGAUCGUCCGCUGUCGCCACCGCCGCUGCGUUGGGAGCUGGAGGGGAUGGAGCGGGAAGCGUCGCCGUGGGGCCUCGAGCCCCGCGAUGUGCCCAGUCCUGAUGAAAUAGGGAGCCCUGAAGAGUCCCUCAAAGGCAACACGAAUGAGAAUGAGGAAGAGGAAAUUUCUCAGCAAGAAGCCAAUGGGGACUAUGAAGUUGAAGAGAUACCUUUUGGGCUUGACCCUCAAAGCCCUGGGUUUGAACCACAAAGCCCAGAAUUUGAAUCCCAAAGCCCCAGGUUUGAGCCUGAAAGUCCAGGGUUUGAGUCCCGAAGCCCUGGAUUUGUGCCCCCAAGCCCUGAAUUUGCACCCCGAAGCCCUGAGUCAGAUCCUCAGAGCCCUGACUUUGAACCCCAAAGCCCUAGGUAUGAACCCCAAAGCCCUGGCUAUGACCCCAAGAGCCCUGGGUAUGAACCCAAAAGCCCUGGGUAUGAACCCAAGAGCCCUGGGUAUAUAUCCCAGAACACUGAAUUUGAGUCUCAAAGUUCCAGGUAUGAAUCCCCAAACCCUGGAAUUGAACCCCAGAAUCCCGAGUUCAAAACUCAAAGCCCUGAAUUUGAAGCUCAAAGUUCCAAAUUCCAAGAAGGUGCAGAGAUGCUUCUGAACACUGAGGAAAAGAAUCCCUUAAGUGUUCCCCUAGGAGUUCACCCCCUGGACUCCUUCACUCAGGAAUUUGGGGAGCAGCCAACAGGUGCCCUGCCCCUAGGGCCACCUUUUGAGAUGCCUACAGGAGCCCUGUUGUCGUCACCUCAGUUUGAGAUGCUCCAGAAUCCCCUGGGUUUGACAGGGGCCCUUCGGGGUCCGGGCCGAAGAGGUGGCCGGGCUAGGGGUGGGCAGGGUCCCCGGCCUAAUAUCUGUGGUAUCUGUGGGAAGAGCUUUGGGCGGGGCUCCACCCUCAUCCAGCACCAGCGCAUCCACACGGGUGAGAAGCCCUAUAAAUGUGAGGUCUGUAGCAAGGCCUUUUCCCAGAGCUCUGACCUCAUCAAACACCAGCGUACCCAUACCGGCGAGCGGCCCUACAAGUGUCCCCGAUGUGGCAAGGCCUUUGCUGACAGCUCUUACCUACUUCGCCACCAGCGCACCCACUCUGGCCAGAAGCCCUACAAGUGCCCCCACUGUGGCAAGGCCUUUGGCGACAGCUCCUACCUCCUGCGGCACCAACGCACCCACAGCCACGAGCGGCCCUACAGUUGCCCUGAGUGCGGCAAGUGCUAUAGCCAGAACUCAUCGCUGCGCAGCCACCAGAGGGUGCACACCGGGCAAAGGCCCUUCAGCUGUGGCAUCUGUGGCAAGAGCUUCUCCCAGCGGUCAGCACUUAUCCCCCAUGCCCGCAGCCAUGCCCGGGAGAAGCCCUUCAAGUGCCCGGAGUGCGGCAAGCGCUUUGGCCAGAGCUCUGUGCUGGCCAUCCAUGCUCGCACCCACCUACCAGGCCGCACCUACAGUUGCCCCGACUGUGGCAAGACCUUCAAUCGCUCCUCUACGCUGAUUCAGCACCAGCGCUCACACACAGGCGAACGGCCCUACAGGUGUGCUGUGUGUGGCAAGGGCUUCUGCCGCUCCUCCACGCUGCUGCAGCACCACCGUGUCCACAGCGGGGAGCGGCCCUACAAGUGUGAUGACUGUGGGAAGGCCUUCUCCCAGAGCUCUGACCUCAUCCGCCAUCAGCGGACCCACGCAGCUGGCCGCCGCUGACUCAGCCCAGCACGGGUGGGGAGGUAGUGGCUAGAGGAGAAGGGAACAGGAAGCUAGAUAAACUUUUAGAGAGGAUAGUGGGGAGCCAAUGAGGAAUGGAGUUGAACAUUCUAGAAGAGGAGCCAGAGUGCAGGAAGUUACAUACCCUGGAGACUUUUGGGAAAUGGGCUAUGAAGAGGUGUUGGAGGGCGGCCAAACGGGCAGCAGGAGGCUGUGGGAGAGAUCCAGAAAGAGGUCAGCAGGGAGCUGGCUGGCAGCAGCAUGCUCCUUGGUUGGUGCCUAGCUUAGCAAAGUGCUAGAUGGGGAGGGGGGUGGGAGAGGGAGGGUCAGUUAGAGUGGGGUAGCUUAGAUUGGUAGAUUCUGAGACCCUUGUUGAGUCAGGAAGGAGGGAAGGGGUAGGUAGAGUGGGAAGAGGAGCCCUGGGGUAGGGUCUGCACCUCUGAAUGCAAACCCCAAGCCUGCCUUGUCUUCCUCAGGCUUUGGAGCCCCUGAAUUUGAGUUCAAUAAAAGCCUUUAUGUGAUAAAAAA